AAUAAAAUAAAACUUUAGUAGGGGGCCAAGAAUGGAUUCUUGUUUGUCAUUCAUUCAGCAGUUAAACAUCUUAAUACAAUUACGUGUGAACGUAUUAGUACAUUUUGUUCCGCUGUCCUGUACGGAAUGACGUACUUGCUCAAAGUGGCAUCGUUUUCCUGUAGGGGGCGCUCGCAUCUCAGAAACGGCACGACGAGGAAGUGCCACAACCGUGCUGCUCAAUUCAAAGUACGCCAUAAAUAUGGCGCCAAAAGAGUUUUCAAGCUGAGGCUCCACCACUCCAUUCCUCCUCCACAUUUGUUUUGUCUCUCUCGCUCACUCUCUCUCUCCCUCCUUUUUUAAGGAGGAGCGUGCAGGGCUGCAGGACGGAGGGGACGUUCAUCUUGUGCAUAUCCGCGUCCAACACCGUGCGGCCCGGCCAGAGAGGGACGAGGAGGACGUGUUAUCCUGGUAGUGUGUUUUGGAAGAAGAAGAAGAGAGGUAGAGGAUUGCGAAACAAACUGGAUUGCAAUCUUUUGGGGGACCUCCGAUUUCCAAACUAUUUUUGGACGCUGCUGUAUUUUCGUGAAAAAAAAAUGCGACAUGAUUUUUUCCAGUGAGCGGCAUGUCGUGCGCUGUAAGCCGCUCAGCGCGUAGUGAAACGCGGCUACGGUGGCGGCGACACCCCGGCCCCGCUGCUCCGUGACCUGGAGCUACUCCAGCUGACUUUUUUCCCCUCUGAUUUUGUCGGGGGUGUGUGAAUUUUAUGUGGAUUUCUUUUUUUUUUCCUAAGCUGUCAAAGUGGGUGGGAGGGGGAAGGCUCCUGUCAACCCAACGUGGAAGUUCACCCAGAGGAACAACAUUUACAUGUGCUUGGAUCCCGAUGGUCUCCUAAUCGAUGUGACCCCUUCCCCAGCAGAACAUGAUGGAGAUCGAGACGAAGAGGAGGAAAUAUUCCACCAGCAGCAACGACUCGGACACCACCGACAGUCAGGUGACGUCAUGGUCCAGGUCAUCCAAGAACGCGGCAACCAGCAUCACGUGGGUGCGACAUCAGCACAAGAAGCAUUCGGAGGUGUUUCGCACAGAUUUUAUCACGGCCAUGAAGCUUCCCGACUCUGCGCAGCUGGGCCCCGACGACUUUUACGUGCUGUCGGACCCUUGGAGGCAAGAGUGGGAGAAAGGAGUGCAGGUGCCCGCCAACCUGGAGGCCAUCCCGCAGCCUGUGGUCAGGUUACUGCCCAUAACAUCACAAGACGUAACAUCCAAGGAGGGUGACAUGGAACCUUUGCCUCUCCCCGGCCAAGUGUACAGCUGCUACGACCUGGACGACACGGAUGUGGCCUGGCUGGAACUCGUCAACCAGGAGUUUGCGCAAAUGGCGCUGCCUGAGCUGGCCGAGCUGACGAUGGAGCGCAUCCUGGUGGAACUGGAGCGCUUGUGCGAGGAGAAGAUGCAGCAGGCCAUCGAAGCGGAGGAAGGCCUGGGCAUCGAGUACGACGAGGAUGUGGUCUGUGACGUCUGCCGCUCCCCCGAGGGCGAGGACGGCAACGAGAUGGUCUUCUGCGACAAGUGCAACGUCUGCGUGCACCAGGCCUGCUACGGCAUCCUGAAGGUCCCGCAGGGCAACUGGCUUUGUCGGAUGUGCGCCCUGGGCGUACAGCCCAAGUGUCUGCUCUGCCCCAAGCGGGGCGGCGCACUCAAGCCCACCCGCAGUGGAACCAAGUGGGUCCACGUCAGCUGUGCCUUAUGGAUACCUGAAGUGAGUAUAGGCUGUCCGGAGAAGAUGGAGCCCAUCACCAAGGUGUCCCACAUUCCCGCCAGCCGAUGGGCUCUGUCUUGUAGCCUGUGUCGAGAGCACACCGGAACAUGCAUCCAGUGUUCGACGCCCUCAUGUAUUGUGGCCUUCCACGUGACGUGCGCCUUCGACCACGGUCUGGAAAUGAGGACCAUCCUUGCCGAGAACGACGAGGUCCGCUUCAAGUCCUUCUGUCUGGAGCAUAGCGGCGGCGGGGCGGCUCGACCCGAGUGGACCACUGAGCUCCCAGAGCCCAGAUCGGUACCGUACUCGGUGUCGGAGAGGGCCGAGCGGGACCAGCUGGAACGGGACAAGGUGAGCCAGCGCAAGCAGAAGCUCCAGGAGCUGGAGGACGAGUUCUAUCGACUGGUGGAUCCCGGAGAGGUGGCGGAGAACAUGGCACUGCCUGUCACACAGGUGGACUUCCUGUACCAGUUCUGGAAAUUGAAAAGGAAGGCCAACUUCAACCAGCCCCUGGUGACUCUAAAACGAGACGAGGUGGACAACCUGGCCCAGCAGGAGCAGGACGUCCUGUACCGACGGCUCAAGCUUUUCACGCACCUCCGACAAGACUUGGAGAGGGUGCGUAACCUGUGCUACAUGGUGACACGGCGGGAGAAGAUGAAGCACAGCCUGUGCGACCUCCAGGAGAAGAUCUUCCACAUGCAGAUACAGCUACUGGAAGAGGACAUGGCCGGAGAGAGAGCCCAGAAGGGAGGAGGAGGAGGAGGAAAGAGGAAGCAGAGUGCAGGGAAGGAGAGCAGCAGGAAGAGUAGUCCUGACAAGAGAAAGGAGAGAUGGGAGUCAGACAGUAACUCGCUGCUUAAAGAGCUAGGUUUGUCCAAGUCCUUCCCGUUGGACAACUCGUUGUUUGACAGCUGGCUGGCUCAGUCUGUGCAGAUCACGGCCGAUGACACGCUCAGCAAGUGGGCUCUGGGUUCACAGCACGGGGACAAGAGCGGCACCCUGCUCUCUGACCAGCUCCUGCAGGGCGAGGAGAGCUUGCUCAAUCUGAUGAUGGAAAACUCCAUGGAGUCCGCGUGGAAGACGCCCCAUCUGGGUCGCAAAUCCCGAGGCAGCUGCAAGCCCCGCCCCCGCGGACACUCGCCCUCCUUUGGCGCCGCGCCGCCGCCGCGGAUGCUUCUGUGCGCCGGCUCGGGGUCCUGCGCCUCCGCCGUUAAGGGCGCGUGGGCGGGCGCCGGGGCGGAGGAAAAGAACGGCUCCCGCAAGGGGUCCCGAGGUUCCUCCAGGGUCCUUCACCACCACCACCUCCACCGUCACCACACCAGGAGCUCCGACCUGCAGCCGCCCAUCUCCAAAAUGGACUCCUGCCACAUCUCGGAGGACGGCGGGCCGUGGGACAGCGGCGGCAUCGCGUCGAGGCCGCCGCCCUCCGCGCCAUCCCCGCGGCUACGCGUGUCCCGCCAAGUGAAAUCCCGAGGGCGAGCCGGUGGUGGGGGGGCGUCCGAGGCCAAGGACCAGCGUUUGCUCCACGGUGACGGCUACUUUUCCGACGGAGAGCAAAGUGACUUGGACACGCGUCCCGGCGGAGCGCGCAAGCUCCGCCUGCCCCAGUUGCAUUCCGGGAACGAGGACCUGCUGAGGCGGAGCGUCAUGGCGUCCUAAAGACCCUGAACGCACCGUAUACAUGUUAGCGCUCUCCCUCGCCCACUGGCUCCACCUGUGCCCUGAGCAUUCUUUGAAUGUAGCCACUAGCCUCCUCGCGUCUCACCGCUAAGUUCCGAACGGAAAUAGGAAACAGACGUCUGAAUUUUUUUUUUUUUCUCCGAUUUCUGCGCGUUAAAAGACUUUGUUGUCGACAUCUUUGGGGCAUUCUUCUAAAUAUCUUUACCGAGGCUGGUUUCAGGGUCUUCUUCGAAUAGCAGGUGGUGUCGGAAAGCACAACUAGCGAGCAAGUAGUGUUAUGAACACGGAAAAAAGAAGCUUGGUCAUUUCCAGAUCGAAGAGCAGUUGUAGUUGGAAAGAAGAAAAAAGACCGUGCAAAAAUAUCCUUCCUUAUUCAAAAUUCCGUUUGUUUGCCUGAAAUAAAUUCUGUGCCUUCUGUCGCACCCCUCUCCCCUCAAAGAAACCCCCAAGCCAAACAAUCGCCAACCAAUCAGCUGUCGCCCAAUCCGAUUUAUAACAAUCAAUGCGAAUGUGUCACCUUACUUAAUCAUUUUUAGAGUGCCUGAACAAAGGAUGUACGGACAAAGUUUUGUUUUUGUUUUUUUUUCACCAUCAGAGGUGUGUUAUCAACAUCGUGCAGUGCCAGUUAACAGCCUCUAGAGGGCAGCAUUUAGGACGUCCGACUUCCUGUUUCAUUUACUUUUGCCAGCGGAUGACGUGGCUUGGCGAACGAGGCUGAACUGUCACAACGUUGGCCGGCAAUUUGUGCGUUUGAGGAAAAAAAGAAAACAUUGCUGUUUUUGUACUGAAGGACGUCUGCGGUUAUCUCAGGGCUUUUAAGAAAAAAAAUGGUUUUAAAAAAAAAAAAGAGAAAAA